AUGGAAAGGGAAAACAUGAGCUUUCCCAAUGCUUUUGUCCUGCUGGGCUUCUCAGAGUUUCCCUGGCUGGAGAGGCCCCUCUCUGCAGUGGUCCUGGUCUCCUACCUCCUCACCCUGCUGGGGAACAGCUCCAUCAUCCUCCUCUCCCUGGUGGACCCCAGACUCCAGACACCCAUGUACUUCUUCCUGGACAACCUCUCUCUACUGGACCUUGGUCUCACCUGCACCAUUGUGCCCCAGCUGCUGGCCAAUUUGUGGGGAGCAGAAAAAACAAUUGCAGCCUGGGGCUGUGUUACACAGGUCUAUCUUUUCAGCUGGACAGGCUGCACUGAAUGCAUCCUUCUUGCCGUGAUGGCCAUUGAUCGCUAUGUGGCCAUCUGCCGGCCCCUCCAGUACACUCUCAUCAUGCGUCCCCAGGUCUGUGUGCAGAUGGCUGCUGCCUCCUGGUCCAGUGGCCUGGCCAGUUCUCUGGUGCAAGCCACACUCACCCUCCAGCUCCCCCUCUGUGGGCACCACACCCUGGACCACUUCUUCUGUGAGGUUCUUGUUCUCAUCAAGUUGGCCUGUGGAGACACCACUGUUAAUGACCUGGUGAUGUCUGCAGGAUCCAUCCCAUUUACACUGGUGGCUCCCCUCACGGUGCUCAUCUCCUACAUCUUCAUUGUCAGGGCUGUACUGAGGCUCCCUUCAGGUGAAGGCAGGCACAAGGCACUGAGCACCUGCAGUUCCCACUUGCUGGUGGUCACCAUGUACUUUGGCCCUGCCAUGUACAUGUACCUCCAGCCUCCUGACAAUAGCUCUCAGGCUAAAUUAAUGUCCUUAUUCUACUGCAGCAUCACCCCACUGCUCAACCCACUUAUCUACACCCUAAGAAACAGGGAUGUGAAGACAGCAUGGAAGAGGAUCCUGCAACCCCACGGCUGGUUAAGUUCUUUAAAAGACAGAUGA